GGUUUUUCUAAUUUAGUCCGGCCGUGAGUCCUAACCAGAUCGGUUCGCUUUUUCGCGUUCCAAACGCGCGAGCCCUUCACUUGAGUGGGGUACGUCCUUCCGAGUGAUAAGAAGUAGUAGUAGUUGUUUUAAGUCCUAUGAUUUUCGGGAUCGAUGGUUGGCUUUAAAGAGCGGAGGUUCUAAGACCUUGUGAUUUAAGACGAGAAACAAAAAUUGAGUGCAAAAUGAAGAACGGCAGUACCAAUUUGGCACUGUCGUGUGUGCUGAUUCUAGUGACUGUGAUAACCGUAACAAAAGGUAGUGGUCUGACAUAUUUGGAUGUUCUGCAGAGGUUGAGUGAUGCGCGAGGUGACGUAAGGACAAGCCUACGGGCCAUUCGGAAACUAGCGAUAGAGAGUGGGCUGAUAUCGAGGAAGGAUGAAACUUCAACACCUGCUCCAGCUCUGAGUGAUCAACAGCCUACGGAGUCAUGGAUUGAUCCAGAAGAGUCAGGGGAAUCGGACGAGUAUUUUGAGGAUAUCGAGGAAAGCGAUGAAGAUGACGCGACUACACCAGAAGGUCGUAAAAAAGGAGGAGGAGGUGGUGGAAGUAAUAACAAUAUCGUAGUGACAGGCGGUGGAGACGGAAGCCACGAUCUUGGAGCAUUAUACGAAGUUUCGUCGGAAGAGGGCGGACACAAGGGCCACAAGAAAAAAGGAAAGAAACAUGGCAAAGGGCACAAGAAACACAAAAAGCAUCACAAAUGGCGGAAGCAUCUAAGAAAAGCGGCCCCAAUUGCGCUGGUCAUUCUGGCGAUGAAAGCCAUUCUUUUGCACUUUCUUCUAAAAAAGCUGGUUCUUGCGACGGCUUUAUCUCUCCUGAUCGGCAAAAAAUCUUUGCUAAUAUCUUCAAUCAUUGCGCUGAAACUGUUGUUUCAGCAACCGCACAGCAACGAUAAAAGCGAAAGCAGUAAACUGGAGGUGGUUCAUAUUCCAAUUCGAAAGGAAAUCGGAUUUCACAAAAAGAUUCAACUGAACAAAUUCAAAGGGCCCGGUAAAGUGAAAAUCAAGAUUCAACCGAAAAUCCUUUCAACCCAGAAACCUGCUCAUAUCUUCAACUCAUACAACUCGCUGAUUAAGCACACCCAUCAGCAAAUGGAGGAUUUUGGUGGAAAGUACAUCCCCCUGGGGUACGAAAACAAUCAUUUCCAAAACUAUGACAUAACGACCCCGACCACAUACCUGGACUCGAUCCCUGAGGGUACCGAAGACAACUACUACGAUGUGAAUGAUCUGCAGUACAUCCGCCGAGAAGGUUGGGAUGGAUGGACCGGCUACAAUCGUGGCGAAGUAGCAGCCGAGUCGAAUGGGUACGCAGCUGAUUAUGAGCAAAGGCCAUCUACGGAGUACAGCGUCAGUUCGAGCUAUGAUCAACCGUACAGCUACAACAGCCAUGGCAAUGGGGCAGCAUUCGGAGAAUCCGUCAGCUCCAAUGGCAACAACGGUCAAUGGAGCAGUCCGUCGGAUUACAAUCAAUCCAACUAUAAGCAACGGAACUUGAGUUUGAUGAAGUAUCGACGGAAGAGGAGCGCAGUUGGGGGCGAGGCUAUGUAGAAGUAGAAAUUUAACAAUAUUGUAAACUCUCAAAUCUCACAGAACCAAAAAUUAAAUUAAUGUAAUACAAAUUGAAAGCAAAGCAACACAAGCGUCUACAAUUAAACUGUAAAAAUAAGAUCUUAGCAUUUAGUAAAUUAUUCAUAUUUAUUUAUUUAGGUUUCUAAUUACUUUUCUAGAUCUGUAUGAAGGUGACAUCUGUUCAAUAAUAGAUUAAGCUACUUGUGAACUUUGUAUCGAUCUGGAGAAAUGUUGAAAUAAAUGCUUACUAGUAAUACAAUCUAAA